AUGGAAGGGAAAAAUGUGAAGAUGAUUUCUUUGAUGGUCAUAGUAAUGCUGGGAAUGUUCGUUGGGAAAAGUUCAGCAUUCAGCAAGGACUGCUUUGUAGGAUGUUUGGUGACAUGUGCUGUUACUCAUCCUAACAAGCAUAUUCUUGAAUGCCCAUUUACUUGCUUGAAGAAAUGCAUUUCCAAGAAGGGUCCUUCUAACAAGAUUGAGUCUCUCGGUGAUGAUCACUACUGCAAGCUUGGUUGUGCUACCGCUAACUGCAUCAGCAAAAGCACUCCUCAGAAUCCUCGUGGAGACCAAGUUGAACAUUGUGUUAAUUCUUACUGCGCUAAAAAAUGCACAAACUAA